ACGUAUGGGCGCCAUGUUCCCGUCGGACGUGGUGGUGGCCAGCGAAGGACAGCCCCAAAUCUUCCGGCCCGCGUUUGGGUCGAGUGCAUCGCUCAAGCGUCACCAGCAAGAUUGGUCCGACAAGUAUCAACGCACACGGCCCGGGUACGCGCUUGCAACGCCUACUGUGGCGCGUGAUCGAUUCAGCGCGGAUUCUCCGGCACGGCUACAGAUUGUUGGUGGUGGAACGGCCGAUGUGCUGGUGGACAAACGGAAACCGUACGGAUCGAUUGGACGGGCACGGAAAUCACACACCAGAAGUCCACGCCGGGUGGUACUGCGGGCCAGCGGUGAUCCGAGCGCGGGCAAGGGUUCGGAAGCGUCAUCCGAUAUCCUGUGCUCGUCCGUGUUUCUUACCUACCGUGAAGGAUUGUUCUUCAGCACUAAGCCCCAGGAAGCGAACUGUACCGAUGUGUAGUGCCACCCAGAAGGAGAGACAUCACGCAAUAUCUUUGUGUUCGUAGCAUUUUUCGGCGCGUGUGUGUGUGUGUGCGUGUACCGUAACUAGAUUAAGUUUUUGUCAUUGUGAAGCAAGUCCCAGAGCUUAACUUUGGGUCAGAGAAGUUGUGAGUUUGCUUCCUUUUCCUGUAAGCUCCAUGUUGGUACCUUAAAAUAUACUCUUUAAAGACUUAAAUCGUAAUCAUGUUUACUUACGUAGUUGCCGCUCGCACCAAGGUUUCCCCGUAAUCUCGCUCUUUGCGUCGAUAAAAACUGUGGUGAAUCCUUAUUGACAGGUUAGCAUUGAAAAAUUACCUCCACGUUUCGCUUUGAACCAGACCUCCAGUUGCGUCCGGGGGAGAAGGAUAAUUAGAUUGCUCCCUCAAGCGCAGGAAUCACACCAGGCCACAUCCCACGAUGAUUGUGUUGGACGGGACCGUCGAGUGGAGCGAAAUAUUUUUCAAUCCAACGGCUAAAAACAGAAAGAAUAAAAAUAUUAGCAUAAUUUGCUUUGAACGUGACUUGCAUCGUACCUGUGGGAACUUCCCGGGCAUCCUUUAUCUGCGCUAUAAAAGCUGCACCACGCGUACUUCCCGGCUGCAGAACACAACUGUGUGCAUCGAAGCAAGCAACUCGCGUGUGUGGUGGUGCUGUUCAAGGAAAACGUAGUACACUGUGCCCGUUACCAUGGCGAGGGUAACGCUAGCGUUUCUAGUGUCACUGGUAGCCUACCUUGCCUACUACGCGCUUGUAAGUGAGGCCCAACCGAUCGGAUCCCUGGUGCUAACGUCUUCCGGCUCAGGACACUCUCCAGCUGGGCCCUCUAAUACUGACGAUCCCGGUGAUAACGUACAGCAUGGCUGGCUCAAGGAUACAAACGCUUACCGUGCCCGGAUCAAACCCCGACAGUACGACAGGAAACAUCCAGCAUCUAGCGGCUAUCAAGCAUUCCGCAGAACUGCCCCAUUUCCCGUACUGACUCUAAAGGAGCAAGCUGCCGGAAGUGCAUCGGAGCUCCUAUCUCCCGAAACCGCCGACCUUGGGAAAGCGGACCAGCAGCUACGGUUUAACUUCGCAGGAUAUCUUACCGACGGUGGAGCGACCCUGCUGGACGAAGAGGACGAGGACGAUGAGAUUGGUGGGCUGGUGAAACGCUUCGACGAUUACGGGCAUAUGCGGUUCGGGAAGCGGGGCGGUGAAGGUGAUCAGUUUGAUGAUUACGGGCACAUGCGGUUUGGACGAUAGAGUGCGGUGUCAUCGGAGGCGUUGGAGCUAGGAAGUUGUUGGAGCCACUUGCGUUUGUACGGUUACCGAUAUGCGAAAUCCUGUUUUGGGGGGCGGCAAAUAAAGCAAAUCUUCCGAUGUGUGAAGUAAAAACUG